UUUCAUUUUCUACUCGUAAUUAAUGAAAUUUAAUUCUCCUCGGUUUUUUUAAUCAAUGAGUAGUAUACUUUGUGUUCUUGAUUCUUCAUAAUACUCAAGUUCAAUUCAAGCUGCAGAUACAUUUCAACCUGUCACUGCAAAACCAUGAAACUGGAUUUCCUGGUGACCGAAAGUGAAGAGAGUCCUCGUCCAGAGCCGGUUCUCAGCCACAAAGACUAUUUUUUUCUGCAUUUGAACGAGCUUCGAUUACAAAAUUCAUUAUGUGACGUAUGCUUCAGCGUUAACGGCAAAACAUUCUCAUGUCAUCGUGUAGUUCUAGCCACCGUUUCUCCCUACUUCAGGACUAUGUUCAAUGGAAACUUCAAAGAGAGCAAGUCCGAUCUUAUUCCCAUCCACGACGUCGAAAGUGAAGCAUUCGAAGAAAUUCUCAACGCUGUUUACACUGCUCAAAUUCAUCUAAAUGCGGGAAACGCGUACUGCAUUCUUAAAGCUAGUCACAUGAUGCAGCUAGAGACGAUCAGAAACGUCUGCACAUCGUAUAUCUCGAAUAAUCUGAAAAUUAGUUAUUUAGUCGAUACGUGCUUAUUUGCUCUAAACAUCAAGAAAAUGGAAUUACAUUCAAAGUGCGUCCAGGCGAUAUCCGAAGAUAUAUUAACUUACGGUCAAACCGAAAGCUUUGAGAAGAUCCCCAUCGAUGUGUUCAAAUCGAUCUUAUCCAGUCGUACUUUCAAUGAUUCCGAAGAAGAAGGGGUAUUUUUAUUGAUAUCACAAUGGUGUAAAGAUAACAAAGUCAAAAGUAACGAUAUCCAGAUGCUGUUGGAAUCGGCCGAUCUUAAAAUGACUAAAAAUAUCAGAUCGUUCAUUGUAGCCGAUUUAAUGGCUAAUUCGAUUUUCAACGGUUCGACGUUGAAUGAGAAAUGCAUCAAGGUUGCCAAGAAAUCCGACGACGAUUCUCAUCUCAAUUUAAAUGUGUAUUUCAACGGCAUCGACGUCAAGACUUGCGAAAAAGGAUGGGGUGUUUUAAAAAUGAGCGACGAAUUUGAUACUUACGCUUUGUCAUCGUUUUAUCCUUCCGAGUCGACGUUCAAAAAAGUUACUAGAAUUGGAUCGAAGAUGUUCUGCCUCGAGUCUACCGGAAGUAAAUUUCAGUUUUCGAGUUACAACGAAGAAGGCGAUAAAACUGCACUGAAAGUGCCACCGUUUCAUUUCAAACUUUACGAUAUGGUCGCCGUCGAUAGUACAUUGUACGUGAUGAAGAAAGAUCGCGAUUCUAAAAACGCUAUUCAAGGGUUACUGGCGUAUGAUUGCGGACGUAACGUGUGGGAAACUAAAUUUAUUAGUUUUCAAGCUUUCAAACCGUCUACCACCAGCGAAACUAACGCUUUCGGUAUCCAACAUCCAUUUUCGUUUCCAGAGUUCAAUUUUUCCGAUUACAAUUGCUCCGCUCUAACUUCCAGCGAUGGUGUUCUAUAUUUGGUAGCUAGUAGGCUCGGUGAAUCGAACCAAUACUUGACAUUGUUGGAUUUUCGUGUUCCUAGUGUUCAAGCUCAAGUGAUGGGAUUGGUUAAAUUCGAACAAGAAAAACACACGAACGCUGCCAUUUGCGCAUUCGACAAAAAAAUAGCUCUGUCUGGUUCUAAUAAUCAAGGUGCUCUACGUAAUACUUUCAGUAUUUUCGAUACUACUGCUAAACGAUGGUUAUACGAUGUGAAACCUAUGAACUUGGCUCGUGCUGAUCAUAAUCUCAUUCAUCGUAACGGUUUCAUAUACGCGGUGGAGAAUAACCUGCCAUUCGUUACCAAUGAAAAAUACGAUUUAAAAUCGAAUAAAUGGAUUACUAUUCCGACUUUGCCUAGACGAGUGGCGUAUGAAUGCGAAGAUGGGAUUGUAUCUGUAUCGACUGGCAGUGUCUUUGGUAUCGAUGUUUGAUAUUGCUGAGUUGAUAAACGUGUAAACGUAGAAUAAGUCAUUUUGUUUAGUAAUAUUAUCGAGUAUUUUGGAAUCCUUUUUUAUAUUUUUUCCUAUCGUUGUAUCGUUGACUAUUCAACAAAUAUGUAACUGUGAUUCUUAUGGAUUUUUCCUAAUCGUGUUGCAUCUCUAAGUUUUUUUCAUUGUUUUGUAAAUUUAAAGUAUUGAAUAUAUUUACCGAUUUUUUUUCAUUA